CACGCUGCUGGUACAGCGGGCCCACAUGGGGCGAGAGGCUCACACGCCUUAUCCCGUCCUCACACUCCUCAUCUGCCCGUUCCUUCCCCCCUGCCGCAUUACCUAGUCACAGCGCUCUAGACGGAGUGCUGCCCCACGUGUGCCAACAUGCUUCUGGUGGAGCAGGUCCACAUGGGCGAGAGGCUCACACGCCUUAUCCCGUCCUCACACUCCUCAUCUGCCCGUUCCUUCCCCCCUGCCGCAUUACCUAGUCACAGCGCUCUAGACGGAGUGCUGCCCCACGUGUGCCAACAUGCUUCUGGUGGAGCAGGUCCACAUGGGGCGAGAGGCUCACACGCCUUAUCCCGUCCUCACACUCCUCAUCUGCCCGUUCCUUCCCCCUGCCGCAUUACCUAGUCACAGCGCUCUAGACGGAGUGCUGCCCCACGUGUGCCAACAUGCUUCUGGUGGAGCAGGUCCACAUGGGGCGAGAGGCUCACACGCCUUAUCCCGUCCUCACACUCCUCAUCUGCCCGUUCCUUCCCCAUGCCCACAUGGGGCGAGAGGCGCGCUUCUUCUGCCAGACAUGCCCCUACGUGUAUGGCAUAACGAGAAAGAUUUCAAGGCGGCAACUGGUGGUGCAGAAGGAGGUGGAUGAUGUGUUGGGAGGGGAAGACGCAUGGAAGAAUGUGGACAAAACCGAAGCUUCGUGUCCCAAGUGUGGCCAUUCACAAGCCUUCUUCAUGCAAAUUCAGACUCGAUCAGCUGAUGAGCCCAUGACUAUAUUUUACAAGUGUUGCAACAUGAGAUGUGGCUACAGAUGGAAAGAGGGAUAGUGUCCUGAACUGUGUUUAUACCGAACGACGCGCUUCAUUCUGCUGGCCUGUACAGUACAGUAACGUGAAAUCUCAAUG